AUGAGCGAGUUCACUUCCAAAUCUCAAUUGGCUCGUAGAUCUCCCAAGUCAAAUGAAAAGAAAGUCUCAAAAGAAAUUCUAUUGUUAAAGCCUCGUCUCUGUAGAGAAAUGGAUAAAAACGACGAAGAUAAAUUGAAGAAUACUUUUAAGGUUUCCUUGAGCCUCCGUCCUGUCAAACAAGAACUCAGAUUGAAGGAAACAUCUAAACUAAAAACUGUAACAAAGCAACUUUUAGAACGAAGACCAAUGUCCCCGAUUUCUUCUUCUUCUGGGUAUGAGUCAGAGCUUCAUGACAGUGAUUCUGAUUCAUGUGCUUCCUACUUCCAAGAGAAAUAUACAUCAGAACAAUAUUGUGAAGAGUGUUUCUCGGUUGCUGUUCAUUCACGAUUUGCUUCACAAUUACCUCUUCCCAGAACUGAUGGCGCGGGCUUAUGGUCGACUCACACAUUGUUUGAUCGAUUCGGAAGACUCUCGUGUCCACGAUUACUUGAGGCAGCCACAAUGAAUGAUCCUGAAGUCCAUCGAUAUAUUGACAAAAUAAUGGCUGAAUACUCAAUUACUAACAACUAUGGAAAGUUUUAUGGUGGCUUUUAA